GGAAGUCUGACUUCGGCCAUUUCUGUCAUCCAUGGGAGCGUGAACAGUACGCGCAGGUCGUGCUUAAUUUGAGGGGAGGCGUCCAAUUUGUCCUUAAUUGUCCCCAUCCAGGCUUGGUGGACCACCACCUGUUCUCAGCAGCCGUGACGACAAAUAAGGCGCAAACAUGCCGCAGAACGAGUAUAUGGAACGGCAUCGAAAGCUGCACGGCAGGCGGCUUGAUUAUGAAGAACGUCUGCGAAAGAGGCAGGCCCGUGAGCCACACAAACGGGCCGCCGAGGCCAGGAAGUUGAGAGGUCUGAAGGCCAAGAUUGCCAACAAGGCCAGGGCCAAUGAGAAGAUCCAGAUGAAGAAGAAGAUCAAGGCCCAUGAGGAGAAACUGACUCCGAAGCAGAGUGACGGGAAAGUGUCCGAAGGGGCGCUGCCUGUGUACCUUCUGGACCGUGAGGUGACCACCAGGGCCAAGGUCCUGUCCAACAUGAUCAAGCAGAAGCGAAAGGAAAAGGCCGGCAAGUGGGACGUGCCCAUUCCGAAAGUCAAGGCCCAGUCAGACAGUGAGGUCUUCAGGGUCCUCAGGUCUGGAAAGACAAAGAGAAAGGGCUGGAAGAGAAUGGUCACCAAGGUCACGUUUGUGGGCGAAAACUUCACACGAAAACCUCCCAAGUUUGAAAGGUUCAUCAGGCCAAUGGCCCUCAGGUUCAAGAAGGCCCAUGUCACCCACCCUGAGCUCAAAGCCACCUUCUGCCUGCCUAUCAUUGGAGUGAAGAGGAAUCCGAGCAGUCCGAUGUUCACGUCGCUCGGGGUCAUCACCAAGGGCACAGUCAUCGAGGUCAACGUCAGCGAGUUGGGUCUUGUGACCAGCCAGGGGGGAAAAGUGGUUUGGGGAAAAUAUGCUCAGGUCACCAAUCACCCUGAGAAUGAUGGAUGUAUCAAUGCUGUACUGCUAGUUUAAGUUCCAAUAAAUAAUUAGGGUCUUUUGUAAGAAAAUCCGGAAUUUA